AUGCUGAGCCCCAUCGAACAGUCCAAGCGCACGGCUGCGCGCCAGGCCGUGGACGAGUACGUGCAGAGCGGCUUCGUCGUGGGCGUCGGCAGCGGCUCCACGGUCGUGUACGCGGCCGAGCGCCUCGGUGAGCUCGUCAAGGAGCAGAAGCUCACGAACGUCAAGUGCAUCCCCACGUCCUUCCAGGCCAAGCAGCUCAUCGCCGAGCACAAGCUCACGCUCACUAGCCUGGACGAGAGCCCCGUGAUCGACGUGACCAUCGACGGCGCCGACGAGGUGGACCUGCAGCUCAACUGCAUCAAGGGCGGCGGCGGCUGCCAGCUGCAGGAGAAGAUCGUGGCCUUCGCGGCCAAGAAGUUCGUCGUGAUCGCCGACUACCGCAAGGAGUCCAAGCAGCUCGGCGAGCAGUGGACGCAGGGCGUGCCCGUCGAGGUCAUCCCCAUGGCCUACGUGCCGCUCAUACACAAGAUGGAGCAGGACUUCGGCGGCAAGCCCGUGCUACGCAUGGCCAAGUGCAAGGCCGGCCCCGUGGUCACGGACAACGGCAACUUCGUGCUUGACGUGAACUUCGGCGUCAUCAGCGAACCCAAGACGCUCUGCGAUCGCCUUAAGCUGCUCCCUGGUGUGGUGGAGGUCGGCCUUUUCUGCGGCAUGGCCGAGAAGGCCUUCUUCGGACAGACUGACGGCUCGUUCACCACACGGGUAGCUGGCAAGUCCGCCUAA